AUGGCCAGCAGCGCGGCCAACUCGAACGACGCUACCAACGGGAACAACGCUGGCAAGAAGCGAAGGAAGGGCACUGAUCUCAGGCCCAUCGUCACCAACGAUUCGAUUCCAUCAGUCGUCACUGUUGAGUCCAUCCCAGCCUCCACCAUGCCGACGCCGGCCGCUAAACAUCAAGGGCCUACUAUCAAUACUCAUUCACUCAAAGUUAACUACGGCUCCCCCCUCUCCCGCUCCUCCUCCUCCUCCUCUACCGAAGACCCUUCCGAAAUAACGGCCGACGAAGAAGACUCAGAAGACUACUGCAAGGGAGGUUACCAUCCCGUCUGCCCCGGCGAAUCAUAUAAUAAUGGCCGCUACAUCGUCGUUCGCAAGCUAGGCUGGGGCCAUUUCUCCACCGUCUGGCUGUCACGCGAUACCACAAAUGGCAAACACGUUGCCCUGAAAGUUGUGCGAUCGGCUGCCCAUUACACUGAAACGGCUAUUGAUGAGAUUAAACUUCUUAAUAAAAUUGUCCAGGCUAACCCGAACCACCCGGGCCGGAAGCAUGUUGUUAGCCUCCUGGAUUCGUUUGAGCAUCGCGGACCCAAUGGCGUUCAUGUCUGUAUGGUGUUUGAGGUGCUGGGGGAAAACCUUCUCGGGCUGAUUAAGCGCUGGAAUCAUCGUGGCAUCCCAAUGCCUCUGGUCAAACAGAUCACGAAACAGGUCCUCCUGGGUCUGGAUUACCUGCAUCGCGACUGUGGUAUCAUCCAUACCGAUCUGAAACCAGAGAACGUUUUGAUCGAGAUUGGCGACGUCGAGCAGAUUGUGAAAACGUUUGUGAAGGAAGAAGAGCCUAAGAAGGAAAACAAGGAAGAUAAUCGCAAUGGGCGACGACGGAGAAGAACCUUGAUUACAGGCAGUCAACCACUACCAAGUCCGCUUAAUGCCAGCUUCAGCGGCGGCGACCCUUUUCGCACCCACGCCGCGAACCAAAGCGUCCACAGCAGCCUCAACCAAAUUUUAACUGCACCGAGUUCACCCCAUCUCUCGAUGAAGGAUCGGUUGGGAAUUAAAGAUCAGGAGGCACUUGAUGACGGAAAGCAGAAACAGAGGGAAAAAACAGCGGAUAUUUUGGAACGGGAGGUCUCCGGUAUAUCCCUGGAUAAGAACUCUGCAUCAGAGACAUCAAAUGCCGAAGACAUGGAAUUCGAUAUAAUUUCAGUAAAGAUUGCAGAUCUCGGGAAUGCAUGCUGGGUCGGACAUCACUUCACGGAUGACAUCCAGACUAGGCAAUACCGCUCUCCAGAAGUUAUACUUGGCGCCAAAUGGGGUGCCAGCACUGACGUAUGGAGUAUGGCAGCAAUGGUAUUCGAACUCAUCACAGGUGACUACCUCUUCGACCCACAAUCAGGUGCCAAAUAUGAAAAGGACGACGACCACAUCGCCCAAAUCAUCGAGCUGCUCGGCCCCUUCCCCAAAUCCCUAUGCCUUUCUGGCAAAUGGAGUCAAGAAAUUUUCAACCGCAAGGGCCAAUUGCUUAAAAUCCACCGACUCCGCCACUGGGCGCUCCCAGACGUACUGAGGGAGAAAUACCACUUCUCCCCCGAAGAGAGCAAGGCUAUCUCUGACUUCCUCCUCCCGAUGCUUGAACUGUUACCUGAGCGCAGAGCGAAUGCCGGAGGACCAAAAAUGCAGUACAGCGACAAAUGGAAAACGAGAAUAUAA